ACCAGGUCCCCCUGCCUUGAUGGAUUAUACACUUGAACCCAAUGUGACAACAGUGACUGAUUACUACUAUCCUGAUCUCUUCUCAAGCCCCUGUGAUGGGGAGAUUUUCCAGAGGGACGGCAAGCUGCUUCUUGCCGUCUUUUUUUGCCUCCUGUUUGUAUUCGGUCUUCUGGGAAACCUCCUGGUCAUCCUGGUCCUUGUGGCCUGCAAGAAGCUGAGGAGCAUCACAGAUGUGUACCUCUUGAACCUGGCCCUGUCCGACCUGCUUUUUGUUUUCUCCUUCCCCUUUCAGACCCACUAUCAGCUGGACCAGUGGGUGUUUGGGACUGGAAUGUGCAAGGUGGUCUCUGGCUUAUAUUACAUUGGCUUCUUCAGCAGCAUGUUCUUCAUCACCCUUAUGAGUGUGGACAGGUAUCUGGCUGUUGUCCAUGCCGUGUAUGCCGUAAAGGUGAGGACAGCCAGAAUGGGCACAGCCCUGAGCCUGGCAGUAUGGCUGCUGGCCAUUCUGGCCAGCAGCCCAAUGCUAAAAUUUUACCAAGUGGACUCUGAAGAUGGUAUUCUACAGUGUUAUUUAUCUUACAAUCAACAGACUUUGCAGUGGAAGAUCUUCACCCACUUUGAAAUGAACAUCUUAGGCCUGUUGCUACCAUUCAGUAUUCUUUUGUUCUGCUAUAUUAGCAUCCUGCACCAGCUGAAGCGGUGCCAAAACCAGAACAAGACCAAGGCCAUCAGGUUGGUGCUCAUUGUGGUCAUUGCAUCUUUACUCUUCUGGGUCCCAUUCAACCUGGUCCUCUUCCUCACUUCCCUGCACAACAUGCACAUCUUGGACGGGUGUGUCAUGAGCCAGCGGCUGAUUUAUGCCACCCACGUCACAGAAACCAUCUCCUUCACUCACUGCUGUGUGAACCCUAUUAUCUAUGCUUUCAUGGGUGAGAAGUUCAAGAAACACCUCUCAGAAAUAUUUCAGAAAAGUUGCAGCCACGUCUUCUUCUACAUAGGAAGACAAAUUCCCAGGGAGGGCUGGGAAAGGUCAUCCUCCGUCCAUCAGUACUCCUCCCGUUCCUCCAGCACAGACUACAUUUUGUGAGGAUGGGUGAAGAGGAAAUAAAAAACACUUUCUUGAGCAGCAUGCUGGUAGCAGUGAACAGAGGUGUGGAUGUGGGAGGUUUUCAA